UUUAAGCACUUCGAGACACUGUCGGACAAUAUACAAGAAAUAAGAAAGACUUCUUAUUGUGCAAAUUCGCUCAUUAGUAUAAUUAUAAAGUGCGGAAGUGAUUGAUAUACAAGUUUAUAUAAAUUUGGCCAAAGUGCGUGGCAGUUAUAAUACGAUAUGGAUAAGGCGAACAGUUACGUGUUUUGCGACCACUGCGAACAAAACGUUUCGGAAACAACAUUCCGUAGACAUAUGGCUUUAAAACAAUCUCGCCAGCUGAAGAGAAGUUUGAAGAAAGAUUCUUCAACGUCUUCAUCCGACACAGACGGAGAAAGUGAUUGUAACAGUUACAGUUUCAAAGAAAUGUCGCAUGAUGUUGCUUCUGAGCAGACCAUAACUGACCCAAAUACAACCGGACAUUCAAGCCUUCAUGACAACACUGAUCAAGAUGUAGCCUUAGAUGAUGAUAAUAAUUUGGAUAGCGAAUUGUCAGAAGAUGAUGGUACUGAGUCAACUGAUGAUGAAAUUUGGCCUGAUAUAUCGGAGGAGACACUGGAUCAAGACAUCUCAUCCAAUGAAGCUCUUCCAGAUCCUACACCAAAGCGACGGAAAGUGCAAGUUGCUAACUCCAUUCUCCAGUGGUUGUUAUAUUUUAUUCUAAUUUGGCAAGGUGUGUGUCACUUAAGUGAUAAUGGGCUUGCAUGGUUGUUGCGUUUUCUUCAGCAAUUCCUUAAAGUGCUGAAUAUUCAUGUAACUGGCGAGCUUUUAACUGAGCUAAUAGCUAUUUUUCCGACCUCGUUGUACAUGGUUCGUCAGUUUCUUGAUUUAGAUCGCGACAAUUUCAACAAGUAUGUUGUUUGUCCUAAAUGUUGUGCAUGCUAUGAAUACAGUGAAUGCGUUCGUGAUGUUGAUGGUCGACAUGUUGUAAAGAGAUGUUCAAGCAAGCAUUACUCGCGAGGGAAAAUGCAUUUCUGCAACGGACAACUAGUAAAAAAAGUUACUUUGAAAAACAAUGUUAUCAGAUAUUAUCCAAUUUAUACUUAUUGUUAUUCAAGCAUUGUAAAUGCUUUAGAAAAACUCCUUAAAAAACCUGGGUUUCCCGCUAAAUGUGAAGAAUGGAGAACAAGACACACAGAAUCGGAACAGCUAACAGAUAUGUUUGAUAGUCAGCUUUGGAAAGAUUUUCAGAAAUAUAACGGUGUCGAUUUUUUAAAUGCUCCUAGGAAUUACGGACUGAUGCUCAAUUUCGACUUCUUUCAACCAAUGAAGCAUAGGAAAGAUUAUUCUGUUGGCGUACUUUACCUGGUGCUGCUAAAUUUACCGCGCGCUGAACGCUUCAAAUGGGAAAACGUUUUAGUAGUUGGCAUCAUUCCUGCCAUGGGAAAGGAACCCAAGAAUUUAAAUCCAUUCCUGAAGCCGUUAGUUGAGGAGUUAAAAGCACUGUGGAAAGGAGUUCGCUUGCAGUCUAGUCUUAGCACAAUAUCCCUAAUAUUCCGAGCAGCUUUGUUGUGCACCUCUUCAGACAUACCUGCCUCAAGAAAACUGUGUGGAUUCAAAGGACACAGCGCUGAAUUUGGGUGUUCGCGGUGUCUUAAGAAAUUUCCGGGGGGCUUUGGAGAAAAGCGAGAUUAUUCUGGUUUCGAAGAAGAAAACUGGCAGAAACGUAAGAAUGAGGAGCACAGGCGCCAAGCAGAAAAGAUGUUGCAAUGUAAGACAAAGAAACAAGAAGCUAAGCUGUCAAGAAAGUACGGAAUAAACUACUAUAGUGAACUUUUAAAACUAGAAUAUUUUGACGUAGUCAGAUUCUGUUCUAUUGACCCAAUGCAUAAUCUGUUUCUUGGAACGGCGAAAUAUAUUUUUAAGCACUGGGUGAGAGAAGGAAUUCUCAACAAAAAAGACCUUGAGAUAUUAGAAAGUAGGAUAGAUGGACUGGAGGUGCCUGUUGAGAUCGGAAGACUACCAAAGGUAAUUUCAUCAAAUUACGGUUCGUACACAGCAGAACAAUGGAAAAAUUGGACGCUCAUAUACUCCUUGUAUGCUCUAAAAGAUGUCUUACCAGAACAACAUUUUAAAUGCUGGCAGUCUUAUGUGUUGGCUUGCACGUAUCUGUGCAAACCUAUUCUUUCCAACGACGACAUCAUAAAAGCUCAUUUCUUGCUUCUAAAAUUUGGUAAAGUGUGUCAAAAGCUUUAUGGAAAUCACUUCUGUACUCCAAAUAUGCAUUUGCACUGCCAUUUAAAAGAUAUUCUUAAAGAUUUUGGACCUAUCCACUCAUUUUGGUGCUUCAGCUUCGAGCGUUACAAUGGCAUCCUGGGAAGUUUUACAACAAAUAACAGGUCCAUUGAACUGCAGCUUAUGCGAAAGCUAACAACACAACGGUUCCUUGAUAAUAUCACGCUGGACAAAAAUUUACAGCCUUACUUUGAAGAUGUCGUAAUCUUUGCAAGAAACGACUCUAAAACUAUUUAUUCGGCUUUUGCACUAACCGAACUGCUAAGUUUCUUUAAUACUGACGUUAUGGCACCUUUGAAAUCCAUUAACUGGGGUAAUAUAUCAGCUGUAAACCUACCUCUUUGCUACAAAGAAAGACAUCCUAGAAGAUGCAAAUAAUUAUGUAAUGCGCCCUAAUAAACCGAAGGUUUGAAACUCAAUUGAAAUUCUUGGAGAUUUCCAGAAAAUGUUUAAUGAGUAUGCAACUUUCAAAACCAAUUGACUACUAUAUAUAUUUAAGAUGUCACCCUGAGUGUAACCACACCGGGUAAGCUUUAACCUUGACCACGGCGGGGAUCGCAGCCGUGACUUUCGGUUUGCUAGUCCGAUGCUCUACCAAAUGAGCUACAAGGCCAAGUCGGUUCUUAAAUAUAUGUUUACUCCGAACUCAAAGUUCAGUGCCCUUGUUUAUUGGUCUCUAGACGCGCAAUAUAUUUUUGAAAAUAUAUUGGCUAUUGCGCGUCUGGAGAUCGAUGCACUGAACUGUAAUUUAAUUGUUGAAAACACCAUAUUAUUCACCGUACCAGAAACAUCACAUCAUGCAAUAAUAUUAGUAUAGGAAUCAUGGAUGUAUACUAUACAUUACGACUUAUCUAUUUAUUUAAAAUGAUGAAUUUUUGUAAAUACACGGGUAUAGAGGGAAAUAAAUGCUUUUUUGCAAUGAACUGGUGAUGCUUGUAUUUGUUUGACUAUAGCUAGCUAUACGUGUAGCUUGUACCAAAUAUAACGAUUAGAAAUUUAAGUUUUAUUGCGAGUUGAGCUUGUAAUUGAAUGGAAAUCAGUUUCUUCGUUUAUUUACAUGGAAUAGGUUAUAUAAGUAUAACAGCCAUGCAGCUAACGAAUUAACAAAAGCUGAAUUAUUGUGAAUAUAAUAGGUUAAUUAAAGACAGUUUAAAUGUGCAUUUACGCAAGGUUUAAUCAAUGUUUUAAGGCGAUUAAUCUAUACUUAUCUCACGCUUUAUCGACCUUUAAACAAUGUAUUAAAUCUACUUUUAAUACACUUUAGCCAACUAGCACAUUUAUGAUUAAAAUCGACUUUAGUCAAAAAAGUCAAGAUAUUAAAGGCAAUUAUACGUUCCUUUAAACUGCCUUAAUCUGCAUUUAAUCCACUUAAUUAAAUCUGCCUUUAGCACACUUUAAUCAACAUUUAGUCUUAAGUAUU